UAAUCGUAAUCGUAGUCGUGGCUGUAAGCCGGCAACACGGACGUGGAGUCGUGCAGGGCCGGGCAGGGAAGAUGCCUGGGUCAGGCGAGCUCGUUGCUUUCCGGAAAGUGGUCACGGCAGUCGAGGCAGGCGGCCAGAUCGAGCACCAGAUGAUGAAGGGUGGGAUGCUCGAGGACCUCCGCGUCCGGCAACGGUGGAUGACAACGGGGCCUCUGCUGUCGACCCCUGAACGUCCGGUGCAGAUUCAACACCACGUCGCAGAACACUAUCCAACAACCAAACAACAUCUUCUUCAGUCUCUAACGUUAGGUGAUCCCUCUACAUCUAUGCCGACAUACGAAUUCUUUCGGACAGCAAAACACAAGAGGCAGCUGAGCCAAGGCUCUAAAAAAAAUACUGGCGGAAGCGUGAUCGGCGGCGAUCAAAGGGAACACUCACUUUCUUCCGGAUGCUUGACAGUGGAGAAGCAGCCGUCGGCGGACAAGUAGAGUAACAGCGCGCCGUUGGCAGGCAACUCCUUGAAGCCGCUGGCGAGGAAUACCUGUAGCUGGCUGUAGGUGGGCUUGUACAGCAGGUACUUGUGUGGAUUGUCCCGCCUGGCACCGUUCUCGGUCCCAGGAUACACACCAGGCCUGAACGGUAUUCUACCCGCGGGCGACGCGUCGUGCAGGUGAUUAGGGUCGUCCCUUGGCUCCCGUUCGAGCGUUUGCAGCAUCCUGAACAUGUCCAUCGACAAUUCACUGAACUUCACCUGGUCGGCGCAGUUGCCAACGAUCAGGAUCUCCUGCAGAGAUAGGCACAUGGGUGGCGUACGUUCGACUGGCGGUGAAGUCUGGGCCCCCAGCCGGUGGGACAGUAUGACCGGGUUCGAGUCCGAAUGCACCACUCCGAUGGCCGACUCGGCCUUCACGAACGUCUUGACCUCGUCGAGAACCAAAUUCCACUCGAGUUGAUCGUCCGGCUCGUACGUG